CAGCGAAAGUAGCUUCAGAACUCAGUCCGUUCCUAAAACCCGUCCCGUGUAGCUGUGUAACGCCUCGCCAAGCGUUACCCGUUAUAACACUUAUAACAUUUAACAUUUCUUAUUUGUUAGUUCUAUUAUCAGUGUCUAUAAAGUCAGUGCUAUUCGAUUUGAUUUGUUCCUGAGAUACGUCCUGCGGUUUAUCCAAGUUGCAGAUACUUUGUUAAGGAGUUCAACAAGUAAUACGCAGGAAUGGGCUACGGCACUGAAAUAGAUGGCUGCGGCCGUUUUAUGAAGUAUUCGCUAUUCUUCACGAAUUUCAUCAUCUUCAUUGGAGGUGUAGCUAUUGCUGGGUUGAGUAUCUGGUCAUUGGUGGAUAACGUGACAGCGAUCUCGGAAUUGAUCGGGACGAACUUGCUGACAGGAGCUGUCUACGUAUUGCUUGUAGGAGGAAUCGUAAUCGCUUUCAUAUCUUUCUUGGGAUGCGUCGGAGCGUCGCGUGAAAUCAAGUGCAUGCUUCUAAGUUAUUUCAUCGUGGUUCUUCUGCUUUUCGUCACCGUUCUCAUCGGCGGAGUUCUCGGCUACGUGUUCCGUGAAAAGGUAAAAUCCAACGUCCAACAAGACUUGAAGAAUUCAAUGAGCCAAUACGACAAGCACUCGCGGGUCAGGGACGCCUGGGACAUCACUCAAAGCACGCUCCAUUGUUGCGGUGUGAAGUCCUGGGACGACUGGAGACAAUAUGAACUUCAAGUACCGAAAAGUUGCUGCAAAGAAAUAUCACCAGGACGGUACUUCGACUGUAGCGGAGGAUCGGACAAAUCCAAUCCGUCGAAUACCUAUCAGGUUGGAUGUUUAAACAGUACUCAACUCUACGUACAAAAACACGCUGCUAUUAUCGGCGGCGCGGGAAUUGCCGUUGCCUGUUUGAUGUUUUUCGGUAUGGUCUUCUCGUGCGCUCUAUUUAAAAUGAUAGAAUGACGCCAGGACGACUACGUCCUCUAAGAGGAGAUAUCACCACCUACCGACUAAGAAGUACCUCGUGUGUUGUUCUGCGCAUUAUUUCACAAAAAAAUUUCAUAAUUAUUAUAGACAUAAGUAUAAUAUUAUUUAAUUUCAAUACGAAUGAUAUUAUUUAGCAAUCAAAAUACAGCCUCAUUUACUUCAUUUUUCAUAUCAAAAUGAUUACUACAUCUUUUCUGUACUUUAUUCCUGAUUCGCACAUUGAAUAUUAUACUAAUAUAUACAGCGUUGAAGUAUAUUUUCAAAUUUCCCAUAUAUAUCUUAGAUUUUAUUCAUUAUUAUCAUAAUAAUAUAUUAUAUUAUUACAUAUCAUAUAAUGUGCAUAAGUAUAGGUAUAUAAUACGCUGGAGUAUGAAUGCGUAAGCAUAUACCAGUUUACAUAUUUUGCAUAUGAUAAACAAUACUUGUUCGCACAA